GCUCUGUCCCUGACACUACUCAGCUGCAAGGAUGAAUGACCAAACAGAGAGCUACCCACAGGUGAAUCUGCACCCAAGAGGACAGCAAAUGAAAGACAGUCUAUUACCUCCAGGGAAGAUUGCUGCUGAGGUCCUAGGAAUCAUCUUCCUGGUCUUGGUAUCCAUUGUAGUAAAAACCAUAUUCCUUAUUCCUGCUACUACUGAAGAUCCAGAGAGGAGUGAUUCCUCCGCAGUAACAAACAGCCAGAAAGUAUAUCAUUGUGGCCCUUGUCCAAAGCAGUGUAUUAUGUACUCCAACAACUGCUAUUACUUAAGUGCUGAACAAAAACACCUGGAAGGAGAGCGUGACGGCCUGUCAGAGUAACAAGUCUCAGCUGCUCUACAUAGACUCUGAGGAAGAAAUGAAAUUUAUGACCUCCAUGUCAGUUUCGUCAUGGAUU